GGGUGUUCGCGGGCUGUGAGGGAAUCCGGCCCCGUUCGGAGCCCGCACCUGCACCGGGAGCCAUGUGGUCAGCUGAUGAAAUCGCUGAGCUGUGCUACCUGCAUUAUAGGACGAGACUCCCCAGGCAGGGGAAGCCAGAUCCAAACAGGGAAUGGACUUCACUAGCAGCUGUUGUCAAAGUGGAGUCUGCAGCCCAAACUGAGGUUUUUGCUAGUCCAGGGAACCUCCAGGUAUCUAAGGAAGUUGUUGCUAUGGGAACUGGAACAAAAUGUAUUGGCCAAAACAAAAUGAGAAAAAAUGGAGACAUUUUGAAUGACAGUCAUGCUGAAGUUGUGGCCAAGAGGAGCUUCCAGAGGUACCUUCUCCAUCAGAUGUGGCUGGCAGCUUCCCAUCAGCAGUGUAGUAUCUUUAGUCCAGGAACUGAAACUGGAAAAUGGAAGCUUAAACCAAAUAUCAUAUUUGUUUUCUUCUCCAGUCAUACCCCAUGUGGAGAUGCUUCUAUUAUUCCAAUCAGCGAACCAGAGAACCAGCUUUCUAAGCCAGUGACUGCAGGUGAUGCAGCUGGACAAUCAGCAGAGUGUAGAAGUAACCAUGAUCAUCUGUAUCCAGAAGAUAAAAGGAAAGCAGAGAAUAUGGCAAGUAAUCGUGCAAUCAAGAGAAUGAAGACUGAAGAUGAUGGUUGUUUUUCCACAAUCAGCAAAGACCUGCCUGCUCAGCAAGAAUCUGUAAAACGAGAAGAUGACACAAAUCAAAAGUGCUGUGACUGUUCUGCAGAGGUGCAAACAGCUCAUAAGGAGACUGGCUUGGCGAGACCAAAGGUAGUAGAUGUUCACAGAACUGGAGCCAAAUGUGUGCCUGGAGAGCUGGAUGAUGCCCGAACACCUGGGCUGGGGUACCACUGUGUGGGAUUAUUACGAGUGAAGCCAGGUCGUGGAGACAGAACAUGCUCUAUGUCCUGCAGUGAUAAACUGGCUCGCUGGAAUGUGUUAGGGUGUCAAGGAGCUCUUCUCAUGCAUUUCCUGCAGUAUCCAGUGUAUCUGUCGGCAAUUGUAGUGGGGAAGUGUCCAUACAGCCAAGAAGCCAUGCGGAGAGCAAUUAUUGAAAGGUGUAAGCACAUCUCAUCUUUACCAGAUGGUUUUCUGGCUCAGGAGGUUAAGCUGCUGCAGUCAGAUCUUCGAUUUGAACACAGUCGUGAGGCAGUUCAGGAAGUUCAAUCUAACAGCAAAACAAAACUUGUUCCUUGUAGUGCAGCCAUCAGUUGGAGUGCAGUCCCUGAGGAACCUCUGGAUGUCACCUCAAAUGGCUUCCGCCAGGGAACAACAAAGAAGGGGAUUGGGAGCCAUCAGAGCAGAUCCAAGAUCUGUAAAGUGGAGCUCUUCCAUAAAUUCCAAAAGCUGGUGACAAGUAUUUCACAAGAGGAUCUACCAGACACUCUCCGGAUGAAGACUCUAAAAACCUACUGGGACUACAAGGAAGCUGCAUUAAAUUAUCAAGAAGCCUGGAAAGUGCUGCGUAGCCAAGCCCUGCUGGGUUGGGUCAAGAAUGCCAAAGAAUACUUGCACUUCAUAUGAGAAUCCAUGUGGCUAUGUAAAUCCAGCAAUAAGCUCUGCUCCACAGCAGAUACCUCUGCAGUUCAAGGUCCAGGAAAAGAUGUCCUCAGUUGAUGUGCUGUAAAGAGACAGGAGUGAAAAGGAAAGAAAUUUAUAGAGGUCUUUAUUUUCGUUGUGUUGAAGUGCCCUUUUUAUUUAAAUGCAGAAAACGGUCAUUGCUGACUUGAAGUUCUGAGCUGCAUGCAACAAUAUGCCUCCAGAAGAAAGGCAGCAUGGAUGUGCUGCCCUCUGUUAUAUGAGGAUAUGAUCAAUCUGCCAUAAUUGUUGCAGUGACAGUAACGUCACCUGAAAUUGAAGCAGUGCUGUGGAAGAAAGGCCGUCGCUGUAAAAUUUUAGCGCUGCUUUUUUCUUCCACUCCUCAUAAUGUUAUGGUUGUUUUUCUGUUGCUGGGACAACACUAAUGUAUAGUAAGUAAUAUUUUUAUAACUCUUGGCUCUCCUUGUCUGGUGCCUGGAAGAAUUUUCCAUGUCCCCCAGCCCCAUUGCUUCUAACUGGAAAUACUAGUUUGGUUAAAGCGUCAUUUUUUCUGGGAAUCAAUCAUAUAUAGUGCUAUUUACUAAAUAUAGCCACAGCUACAGCCACAGCAGAAGUAAAAGAGUGCUGGGGAGGAGUCUGUGUCAAAUGAUACCUUUUAUGAUAUCCCAUGCAUCUCUCUUAAUUUCAGGACUUUGACAGAUAACCCUCCAACUGCUUUGCUUCCAUAGGAAAGAAAGAAAUGUCCUGAAUUACGUGAUUCAAACCUGUCAAUCCUGUGGAACUACAGGCAAACAUUUACCUACUUUUCAGUGUUUCAAGCACUGUGCAUCCCCCUUGUCCCCCUGUGGGACACGGUUAAUUAAAAGCAGAAAUGCCUUAGCCAUUUAUGUCACUGUUCCCUGGCAAGUGUUCAUUAAUAGCCUGGCAAAGGUGGAGAUGCUUUGGGGGGACUAAAAGUAGUCUCUGGCAUGUGUCUUGCAGUCUCUUGUCAUCAUGCUUUAUUACCAAUUAACAUCUGCACGGCAAAACUGUCAACACUGUGAGCAGUUGUGGGGGAAGCAGUGGAUGGAUAACCCUCCCUAAACUUUCUGUCCCAGUUAUUGCCUUCUAUGAGCAAGUUCAGGACUGUGUAACUGCUACUGAGCACACUCCCCCUUUGUAUUUUUUCUCUUGUAAACCACAAAUCAUAAAAUAUUUGGACAAAUCAUAAAAUAUUUGGCAAUGGCAAGAUGAAAGAAGUAAUUUAGAUAAUUUAGAACACAGGAAUUCUUCAGUGAUUUGAAUUUUCUGCUCUUCGGUAUAUUACAGUUUUGGAUUUGAAAAAUGGGCACAGCAGUUCUCCAAACAGCCUUUGCUGUCAACCUACUGAGCUAGAUAUGGGACCAAACAGUAUAUAUCACAUUACACUCUGAGAAUUGAUUACAACAAAUCCUUUUACUUCAUGAUUACAUUGACUUGUCAGAUAAGUAUAGUUCUCUCUUACUUGUUGAAGAAAUAACAAAAAACUUGAAUUCUGUGUGUAUAAGCCUAUCCUCUCAAAUGCAGCACUAACAUGCAGAAAGACCAGUUGUACUGGUGAGGGGGGAGUCAUUGUAUAUUUGUAGAGGGCAAGGGAUUAUGGAGAUUGGGUGACUUGCAUGAUUCAUCAGAGGAUAAAAAAGGGCCAGAUGCCAUUGUACAUGGGCCACAGGGUGAACUGCUGAAGACAAAUGGUAGCAGUUACUGUAGUUGAGCAAAUAGUGUUGCAAAGGCAGUCCUGUAGUGUACCUAAAGAACUACCAGUAAAUUUCCAGGUUCCUGAAGUUUACGUAUGUCAUUUCCUGAAAUCUUGCACAAACUAUUAACUUACCAUACCUAGUCUCCCUUUGUUAAUCAACAAUGUCUUAGUGAACCUGCUGACCAGACUGGAAUGUUCCCAUUUCCUAUUCAGCUGCAAUAUUAAAAUGGGUUGUGUAAGACUCGUUCUGUAGUCUUGGCAUCAGACUGGUUUUCAGAUGAGCAGUUAUAUGAUUUAAAUUCUUAUAACUCUUUUCUAAAAUUUGAGCCUGGCUGUUAGGAUUGUUGCUGGUAAGAUUUUUCCGUGCAUUUGUAAGAUACUUGUGAACUGUAGGCUGCCAUUUUUCUGUUGCUUGUCAGAUUUAAAAGCAGUUUUCAAGGUGCUGAAUACUGAUAUUAACCUCAUGUUUUGAGUGGAGUCGAGGACAUAUUUAAGCUAGAGCAUGUCAAUGAAUAUACAAAGAGAGGAAAGGAGCUAAAACAAAACAGCAUUUAAAAGGCUAAGCCUGUAGAGGAUCUUAUACUCAACUGGAUGGCAUUUCUGUGAUGGAAAAUAAGUAUUUAAAUGCUGCAUCUGUUUAAUUCCAAAAUGCCAAGAAAUGCUGUAAGCAGUACUGUGAAACUGGUCUAAAAAUCAGAAGGGAAAGAUGCAGAGAUAGGAGAAGACACAGUCUCUGCUUUUGUAAGAGGUAGCAAACUAAACUUUGAUCAUUGCCAGCAGAUCUUUGGAAGAAUUGCUCCUGAAAAGUAUCAGUUUAUGUGUUCCAAGCUUGUAUCACUCCUUUGUGCUAGGAUAGCUGACACCCUGAGAAACAGAGAUAGGCAGGGCACAGGGAGGACAGCAGAAUGCAGACUCUGCCACAGGGGAGCAGAGUUGGGGGGAGUGAAGUAGCAGGAAUGAAGUGCCCACAGUUCAUGGUUAAGGACGACAUUAAAACAAUUCACAGUGGGAGAAACAGAGCAUAGGAGGGUGCCAAGGCACCCAUGGGAUGUGUCAAAUGCUCUACAGAGCAUUGUACUACCCAGAUAGGUCCUUGCCUUUCCCAAACUAGUAUGGGGACCAGUGGUCUCUGAUUGCCAGAACAAAGAAACUGUAAUCAUUGAGUGGGAUGUCUUUAACAGCCUCACUGUUGGAGACAUCAUUCUGUUCUCAAUCAUAGUAAGAAGGCAGGGCAGACUCCCUGCUCAUCUUUAAGGAAGUCAAAACCAGAACACAGAACAUGUUUUUGUCCAAGGGUAGGAGUAACAAAUCUGUUUGACCUGGAGGCUGCAGUUCCAUGAGACAGGAUGCUAUCAUCCCACUAACUUUGAAAAAGCAAGAUUUUGAUCUUCACAGUGUGCUUCCACUGCUCACCUUAAACAGGCUGGAAGGUGUAGUAUCUCAGUACAUUCAGAGUAAAUCGAAGACUGUUAAAUAACUGUAUUUGUAGAAAAACAAACCACGAGUCCAAAGCAAGGUGUAGCCUUUCACUAGAAAUUAAAUGAGCUUUGCAAUAAAUCCAGUAAGCACUAUAGGAAAGGAAGAGCUCAGGCUGUGCUGCUGAGGGCAGGAGAAUUCUGUUGGUAAGGAGGAAAGAAAGGUGUUGGAGUUCUUUCUCUCAUAGUAUCUGAUAAUGCCAUAAGCGGGUUGCAGCAAUGAUUUGCAGGUAGAGGCAAGAUAAUUUUUGAGAAAAGACCAUCUAAAUGAUCUGAAUACUAAAUAUUUACUGAAUACUAAAUUCAUCCAGUACUAGUCUAGUUAUAUCAGAGGUGACAUUUCAAUUUAAAGAUAGGUGAUACAGAAGUGUUGCUGUGUAGUAGUAACAAGGUAUUUCUUUGUUUUCUAUUCAGUGUAUUAAUUUAAAAUGCCUUCCCAGUCUUAAAGAGUUAACAGCAAGUGAAGAUCAUAUGGGACCCAAAUGCUUUUAAUAAUUUUAUAGGAGUGAUUGUACUUUCUAAAGGGAUAAAUUUCGUCUGUGCAUUUUGAGAGGAAACCUCUUGAUGUUUUAUUGCCAUUUGAAGUGCAUCUGCAGAGGAAAAGUAAAGUUACUGCUGUAGAAUGUUUAUCCUUGCAUUCUCUAGAAUUACUUGCAUAUCUGGGCUCCUUAAUCUAAACUAAUAAAUACAGAGAUGUUAAAGAGAACAGUUAUGUGGUGGUCUAAGAGGAUUAUGAAGGGUAAUACAAAAGUCACCUGAUUAUAACAUCUUUCCUUGCUUUUAGAUAUAUCUAUUUGCUAGCCUGUAAUUACCUUUAUCUAGCAGUUUUAAGGGAUGUGUUAACAGCUAAGAAAAAAUAUUACUUGAUAACUAGAAAAACUCUGAAGUUUCAGCUUAAAGGAAACAACACUUUCCAGUAAUAAAAGGUAAUUAAAAAAAAAUGACAGAUGAAAUCACUUUUCUUUAUUCUGAAUCAAAAAUUCUGUUACGAGUAAACAUUAAUGCCCGGAAAGGGGGUAGAAGGAAUUCAGGACAGAAGCAGUGAUGGAAUGUUUACUAAAGCAGUGCUAUACAGUGCAGUGCUAUUGUGAAUAAUGAAAGGCUUACUGAGACCAACAGAGCAUUUUCUGAUGCAGUCAGCACAUGGAGCACAGUUACUGUGACAAGCCUCAAUAAUAGAGUAGUGUGAACAUUUCACAGGCUUCUACCUUCACAUUUUGGAGUCUUUCUGCCAACACUUGUGAAUGACUGCAGAGCCAAACAUAAUUCUAGGCAUAAUAUGUCUUCAUGGAACUUUGAGUUAGUAUGAAUUUAAUCUUGGAAAGUGAUAAAUUCCCACUGUAACUGGAAACAUUUUAAAAAAUUAAAUUUUUAUGCACCACGUAGUGUGAAAAUGAAGUAAAACUUCUGUUAGGAAUGUAAACUGUAUUUAGUGUUUCCUUGCUGGCUUAGGAAGGUCAGCGUGAUGCUACUUUUCCAUGCCAGUGGUAUCCUUUAAUAUCAAGGCAUGAACUUCAGUACUGUGCAAUUGGUUCAAUGAGGUGGUUUUUCCACCCUCCUCUCCUGGGUGAUCCACAGGUUUGCUUUUUUGCCUGUAAGUAGAAGUAGCUGUGUAACUUUGAAGAGAAGAUUUUGGUUUCUGACUAAGCCUCUUCACUUUUGCUGUACUGGGUACGUGCUUUGGCAACAGCGCUCAAUAAACUGGAGGAACCGAUCUUGAAUAUUGUGCAUGCAGCAUUUCUAAUUCUAGCUGUCUGUCUCAAUGAAGUAGAAUCAUAGAGUGGUUUGGUUUGGAUAGUUAGGGACCUCUAAAGGUCCAACCCCCCUGCAGUAAGCAGGGACACCUUCCACUAGAAUAGGGUGCUCAGAGCCUUGUUCAAUCUGACCUUGAAUGUUUCCAGGGAGGGUGCAUUCAGGACGUCCCUGGGCACUCUGUUCAAUUUUUUUAUCAUCCUCAAAAGAAAAAAAAAAAUUCUUCCUUAAAUCUUGUCAGUCUACCCUCAUAGUUUAAAACCAUUAAAAUGUCUGCCCCAUCUUUCUUAAAGGCCCUCUUUUAAGUACUGAAAAGCUGCAAUAAGUUCUCUCCAGAGCCUUCUCUGGGCAACCUCAGCUCUCUCAGCCUGUCUUCAUAGGAGAGUUGUUCCAGCCCUCGGUAGUUUUUGUGACCUGCUCUGGACCUGCUCCAAUAGGACCAUGUCUUUCCUGUGCUGAGGAGCCCCGAGCUGUGCUUCAGUCUUACCAGAGCAGAGGAGAGGGACAGAAUCCCCUCCCUUACCCUGCUGGCCAUGCUUUUUUCAAUGCAGCCCAGGAUGCAAUUGGUUUUCUGACCUGUGAGUGUACUCUGCCAGCUCAUGUCCAGUUUUUCAUCCUCCAGUACCCCAAAGUCCUUCUCAGGGUUGCUCAUUCCCUUCAGUCCCUGCCUGUACUGAUCCUGGGGGUUGCCCUGGCCCAGAUGCAGCACCUUGCACUUGUUGGACUUCAUGAGGUUCACAUGGGCCCAUUUCUUGAGCUUCUCCAGGUCCCUCUGAAUGGUGUCCCCUCCCUCUGGCGUGUCACCCGAACCACUCAGCUGUACAGGGAAGCUGUUCUUUCACAUACUGGGUUCUGUAACAUCGUUACAAUAUCUACUGAGUUUUGAUUGGAAAGGAUGUGUAUAAUUACCUGUAAUGCAACUACUUUUUAGGGUGAGGGGGUGUUUGUUUUGUUUUUGUUUUGUUUUUUUUUAAGAGCUACUCAUGCAGCUGUUUUAAUCUGAACUCCUUUGCAAUUAUUUCAUGCUCUGCAAUAACUCAUGUAAGAAUUAUACCUUCCACUUCUUCAGAUCUCUAGGUCUCCUAUUUGUAUAAUUCCUUCACCUAGGUGCCCUUCCCUUACAUGCUGUGCUUUUGACACCUGGGUCCUGUUCUCCAAAGUCCAUGGUAUUUACUCAUCCACUGAUAGCCUGUGGGCCAGCAUAGCUUUUCCUGAUGAGAUGAAGUAGAUCUGAAGUUCUUGGUUUUGGAACCUACAAAGAGCUCCUUGUUUCUUCCUUGCAUCAUCAGCCACACUAAAGUCUGAGAAGCUGUUCAGCGUCUAGUAAGUAAUAUAGGAAGCUGUAUAGGAUCUAGUAAAUGGGAUGUGCAACUUUCUGGACAAAAUUAAGGUAAAGAAAUGACAGCACUGCCUGUUUGUGACAGGAAUUUUUAUUGUACUUGUUUGUUAAUUGAGAAAGAGGAACAUACUGGCUCAAUUCAACACGAUCAGCAUCUUGGUCCUGCUUAGGAGAAGCUAGCAAAUCCAGUGUUCCCAAUACUAAUUUAUUGGUUUUAUUUUUCUUAAACUAACACCUCAAAACAGAAUAAAUGUGUGUUCUUCUCUUCA